AUGAAAGACAAAGUAGAAGGAGUUCAAGAGCUCUUUCCCGAAUUGGCGAAUGCCAUAAGGAUAGCUACAGCUAUAGAGGCUCAGGAUAUUAAGUUUUAUGAAUCUUUGGAUAAAUCGUUGGAAGCAUCUGUGACGGAAUCGAGUAAGAAACUGAUCUCUCUUACAAAUAAAAUACUUACAUGUUUGAAUGCUAAAACGCUCAAAUAUGACCCUUCUAAUAUUGACACUGAUUAUACAGAGAUUACAAAUGGCCUGGAUAGUCUGUGCGAAAGAGUGGACAUUCUUUUAGAUAAAGCAAGUAAACCUAGUAGUACGAAUGAUGUCAAAUAUUUGGAAGACAGUAUCAGCAAAGAUCAGGCUAGCAGAAAAUCAAGCAAAGACAUGAUCAAGCCUCAAAUCGAAUAUAAUUACCCCAUUGACAACACAGAGUCUAAUCCUUUCAGGCCUCUACUCAAUCAAAAGUAUAAUAGUGUAGUGCCGUUCGAAGAGGUCCAUAAACUUGUCCCGGAGACUGAUGACAAUCCGCAACACCAUAACCACCCUUAUGAAUUUGAAAUUAAUAGCCAGGAAUAUCCAAAAUGGAUUUUGGAAAGAAGAGAGCCGAUUGUGAAUCAGCCUUGGGAGUCGACUACUGCAAUUUAUGUGGAGACAGAGCAACAAGUCGGAGACAUGAUAGAUACGCUAAGUAAAGCAGAUGUCAUCGCAGUGGACUUGGAGCAUCAUGAUCUUCGUACUUAUUACGGUUUGGUGUGCUUGAUGCAAAUCAGUACUCGAAACCAGGAUUACAUUGUUGAUACGCUAAAGUUAAGAUUCAAACUACAACCCUUGAAUAAAGUUUUUACAGACCCCUCUAUCGUCAAAGUAUUUCAUGGAGCAUUCAUGGAUAUAAUUUGGCUACAAAGAGACCUUGGUCUUUACGUAGUCAGUUUGUUUGAUACUUUUCAUGCGUCAAAGCUGCUAGGAUUUCCUAAGCACAGUUUGGCUUACCUAUUAGAAACAUAUGCAAAGUUCAAGACAUCUAAGAAGUACCAACUUGCAGACUGGCGAGUGAGACCAUUAACUAAACCAUUACUAGCAUACGCGAGGUCAGACACCCAUUUUCUGUUGUACAUUUUUGACCAGUUGAAUAAUAUGCUGAUAGAAAGUGGAAAACUUUCUCAAGUUUUGUAUGAUUCUCGUCAAGUUGCCUUGCGAAGGUUCGAGUAUACAAAGUUCAGACCUAACUUUCCUACCCCAUUGGUUGUGUCUCCCUUAAAUGAUCGAAAGGAACCUUGGAAGCAACUUCUUUAUCUCUACAAUAUUCCACGAUCAAGACAACCUGUUUUUAUCGCAUUGUAUAACUGGAGAGAUGAGAUUGCUCGUGAAGAUGAUGAGUCUACAAGAUAUGUCCUUCCUAACCAAUUGUUGGCGACUAUCACAAGUAUCAGCCCUACCGAUGUUUCCAGUUUGAUGUCCUGCUCAAACAUAAGAACUCCUUACUUGAAGAAAUACGCCACUGAGUUAGUGGAAAUUAUCAAAAGCACGUUGAAAGAAGGGGCUGAGAACCAGGAUGUCAAGUCUCUUACUAGUAAUGGUAUAGAAAAAAAAGCAGAGAAUGUCGAUUAUCAGACAGUUUUGAAUUCUGAUAGAUUAUACUCCCAUCUAAUGGACAGCCAAAAACAGUUAGACAAUGAAGCACUGAACUUGCUCAUCCAGGAUUCUAGGAUAUUACUGCAUUCAUCCAACGUUGCAGUAUCUUAUUCAAAGAAUAAUGUCAGUGAAGAAUCGCUAGAUGAACGUGGCACUAGUCAGGUACUGAAGAUUCUUGCACCCCAAGCGCUAGUUGUAAGUGAAUCGGAGAACGAGGAGGAGGAAGUCAAGACUCCAGAAACGAAGGCUGAACCAGAGAAAGAGGAUCCAAGAGAAGUGAUUGUUUUAAAUAGAAGUGCAAGGUCGAAACCACAACCAGUUGUACCAGAGGUAGAUGAUCAACCACCAUUAGAUUUUGCAGGAGCAGAUAAAGUGAUGCUAGAGAUAGAGCCCAGGAAAAAGCCCAAGCAAUCACGCAAGAAACGUAGUUUUGAUCCUUAUGCGCAGAGCAAUAAAGAUCCACAUCCUGAACCUAAGAAACACGCUAAGUUCAAUGAGAAUCGAAGUGCUGUCUUUAAGAAGUAG